AUGGCCGCCGCCGUCCCCAUCCCGGCCCCGGCGCCCGCGGCCGACGACGAGAUCGUCUACGAGUCCAUGCCCUGCAUCCGCAUCUACAAGAACCGCGUCGAGCGCUACUUCGGCUCCGAGUUCGUCGCCGCCUCCGCCCACGCCGACGCCGCCACCGGGGUCGCCUCCCGCGACCGCGUCAUCUCCCCCGAGGUCUCCGCGCGCCUCUACCUCCCCCACAUCGACCCCGCCAAGCCCGACAACGCCAAGCUCCCCGUCCUCGUCUACUACCACGGCGGCGGCUUCUGCCUCGGCUCCGCCUUCAACCCCACCUUCCACGCCUACUUCAACAACCUCGCCGCGCUCGCCGGCGUCCUCGUCGUCUCCGUCGAGUACCGCCUCGCGCCCGAGCACCCCGUCCCCGCCGCCUACGCCGACUCCUGGGACGCGCUCGCCUGGGUCGUCUCCCACGCCGCCCCCGCCGCCGCUGGCUUUGAGCCCUGGCUCGCCGACCACGCCGACUUCGCCCGCCUCUACCUCGGCGGCGAGAGCGCCGGCGCCAACAUCGCGCACCACGUGGCGAUGCGGGUGGGCGCGGAGGGGCUGCCCCACGGCGCCGCGAUCCACGGCCUCCUCAUGAUCCACCCCUACUUCCUCGGCACCGAUAAGGUGGCCUCCGACGACCUGGACCCGGCGGCGCGGGAGAGCCUGGCCAGCCUGUGGCGCGUCAUGUGCCCGACCACCACCGGGGAGGACGACCCGCUCAUCAACCCGUUCGUGGACGGUGCGCCGGGGCUGGACGCCCUGGCGUGCCGGCGUGUGCUGGUGUGCAUCGGCGAGGGCGACGUGCUCCGCGACCGCGGCCGCGCCUACUACGACCGGCUCAGGGCGAGCGGGUGGAGCGGGGAGGCCGACAUUUGGCAGGCGCCGGGGAAGGGGCACACCUUCCACCUCCUCGAGCCCUGCUGCGAAGAGGCCGUCGCCCAGGACAAGGUCAUCGCCGAGUUCCUCAACAAUUGA